UGAUUUAAAAGAUCCUACAAGAAGCUUAAGAUCACUAUUAUGAAAUGAAAAUACGGAAUUCCGUAUCCAUGACGUUACUAUGGUGAAAAAAGACGCCUCACGGUGAAGAAUGACAAUGUGACACUCUGAACAAUGACUGUACCCCGUGAACAGUCAGAAAUCUUCCUCACCAACAAAGACAGAUAUCUCACAUCUCUAACAGAAAUACAGAAUUACUCCUGUCCACAGAGUCCUGACCAAAGGAACACACCCGCAGAUGUAGAUGGUGACUUUUAUUUCUCUGACACCCCUACGCCGGAAGCACCCGAGACUGUGGCGCCGUCUACUAGCCAGAACACCUACCUGAAGGCCUGUAAGAUGCUGACUAUAACACCAUCUAACUUUUGCUUGCGGUGCUUGAAUGAAGUCACACUUGUUAUUCCUUAUCAUGGCAUUGGACCAACGGGAGCUAAAGCUGUUGCCAUUGCACUUGUGAACAACUCCACUGUAUCCUGCCUUGAUCUGUCCAGCAAUGGAUUGGAAAGUACUGGGUUAUUCUAUAUUUUAGAGAUGUUACAAUCAAACAAAGUCAUAUCGAAUAUCAAUUUGGCGGGAAAUGAUCUUGGCUCCAGGGGUGCUCGACUGUUGUCAGAAUCGCUUAGGAAAAACAAGACGCUCACUAAACUCAACAUAUCUGGAAAUAAUUUUUCAGAAAAAGACGCAAAUUAUUUAGCGAAGCUAAUAAAGAGAAACAAAACCCUGAAAGACCUGAUCCUUAGCCACAAUACUUUUAGGGAACAAGGCGGCGUUAUUCUAGGAGAAGCUCUUGAAUCUAACUGCGUAUUGAAGAAGCUAGAUUUGAGCUGGAACCACCUAAGACAGUUGGGUGCUGUGGCGAUUUGCUGGAGUGUAGCAGAAAACACGUGUUUGACGUCACUAGAUCUGUCAUGGAACGGUUUUGGAAUGGAGGGUUGUCAUGAAAUGGGAAAGUCUCUUCUACGGAAUCGGACUCUAACUUACCUUGAUUUAAGUGCCAAUCGCGUGUCCUUUGACGCCUUCAGACAGCUUUUGAGAGGUGUGGUACAUAACAAGAUCCUAAAAGUACUCAAGGUUGGCAUUAAUCCAAUUACUACAGAUGGGGCAUUUGCGAUUUUGCAGUCUAUUGCUGUUUCCGAUUCAUCAUUGGAGGAAAUUGACUUGAAGGAUGUUUCAGUGGACAGAGACUUCGUUGAUCUACUGGAAAAAAUUCAGAAACAACGUCACCUCGUUUGCAAUUAUGGCAAUACCUUACGUCAUGACGAAAUAAAGAAAGGUGAUGUGACACGUGUGUUGGAUACAGAUGACCCGGUCACUGUUCUGUUUGAGUACAUGAAGCAGAAGAACCUGCGGUUGAUUGAUUUACUCCAUAACCUCGACAGAGAUCACAGUGACACGAUAAGCAGAGACGAAUUUCAACAGGGAUUGUCUAAUAUUGAUUUACCAUUAAGUGGUCGAUCGCUGGAUAUCUUAAUGCGGAAGCUAGACACCAACAGAGACGGGUCCGUGGACUAUGAAGAGCUGUCAACUCGACAUAAGGAGUAUAUGAGGAAAAUCACCAAGCUCCGUCUCCAGGCUGACCUGGGUCCGAGUUACUACAAAGGUUACGACAAGUUAGAACAAUUACGGGAGGCUGUGCGUCUCAAAAUAUCCCUCAGCAUGACACGUCAAAAAACAGACACGUCGUAAUCUUGUUAUACUUGACAUGAUGUCAUUUCAUUAUAUAUUGUCCAAUGACACAUGAAGACGUAUCCAUCAGUAUAUUCAAUAUCAGUAGGUCUAUUUUCGCCUACCUAUGACAUGUAAAAGACUUUGCAAAUGUCAAACAUGGAAAACACAAGCUACACAUACCUGUAUAAGUAUGAGGGGUUUUCCCUCUCUGUCCGUGCAUAUACACUGAACCAUGUGAUAGAUUUCUUCUGAUCGCUCCUAGAAUUCAACUACUUGCCAGGAUGAUAACAACAGAAACGUUUGCUUGUCCUUCCAAACAUCUACAUUUUUUACUUCAUGGUCAGUUUUGUUAAUUCUGUCGCGCUUAUUUGGUGCUCAUUAGAUUCACAGUAUUAUACUAGAUGUGUGCCAGAUAUUGAUUUUCUUGAUUAAUGAUUGUUAAUAAAUGUUAAUUUUGAUCUAA